CAUUCAUCCAACUCGACAGACAACUCACUUUGCAAUAACUCAUUUAAAAACUAAGUUUCUCCUUAAAAAAUUGGAAAUAUUAAAUUAAAUAUGAAUCCUAAAGUUUUUGUUUGUAUGGUACUCUGUUCCUUGGUUGCUUGUGCUACAUCCUGCACUGUCCAAUCAACAUUUUAUACGACAGAAGAUGAUUUAGUGAUUGCAAAUCAGAUAGGAUUUAUCACAGAAUUCAAGCUUAAAUGCAAAUCGGAAAUCAACUCAAUUCCAUUGUUUGCAGAAGUAAAUGGAAAUAUUUAUCCAGUUUUUCGUGUUAAGGAUGAUUAUCAAUUCAGCUGGACAGAAGAUAGAACUACAGCAAAGACUGGAUCACGAGAAAUUCGUCUUUUUGAUGAGGAACAAUUCGCUAAUUAUCGUAAAUCACAAAGAGCAGGAGAAACCCCAACAGCCAAGGAAUUGGCAAAGAUUUAUGUCAAAUACUCGGGAAGUUUCGGCUCAAACAUUUUCUUCCUUAAUUCCGAAUCAUUUGUUCUCUUAUUGAGUGUAUUUGUUGCUUACUUAGCUUUCCAAAAUCGUAUGAAACUCGUGUCAUAAGACAUGCAGGUUCAGGUCAUGUUAAUUAUAAUUUAAAUCCGUUCAUGUAACAAAUUUUUAUCUCUCAUUGCAAUAAUUAAGAAAUAAAAUAUGAAUGAGUAAACCUGGAACUAUCUUGAG